UUUCUCGGGGUGGUGGAAUUGUUCUGGAUUUCCCGGGAAAAUUCGAAAACCGGGGGCCCGUAUUCUUGAUUUUCCGGCGAAGCCCGGACGUGGGAUUUUCAAUUCUAUCAUCAUUUCCCCCCCUCCGAAUUUCAAUUUAAAAAAAAGGGCUUCGCCGAUUCUCGAUUUUGAGAGCGAUUUAUUUAUUUAUUGUUUUACCUGUAAAUAUAUAUAUCCCUAAUUCAUCAUUCUUGAAUUAUGUCAAUGUUCAUCAAAUCCUUCUCUCCUCUACGCAAGUUUUGUUUUUUCUGACAAUCAAGAAAUUCCGACACUCACAAAUUAAAGAUCGUGUUUUUUUUUUCUUUUUUUUUUCUGUAUAUAUAUACAUGUAAAUGCAGAGGAUUUGACAUUGCAAUUUUUUAGGGUUUCUAACACGAUAAAAAAAUGUGUGUGUUGGUGGGGUAAGAAAGUUGAUGAAUUAGUGAUGCUCUUAUCAUCCGACAAACCAGAAUCAAGACCCUCUAAUUAUUAUUAUUAUCCAAUAUUUGUGGGAUUGUAUAUUAUAAUGACUGCUAUGAGAUUUUUGAGCCUUGUCGGAAAUUCUUUCGGUUGUUCCGCAUCGGGCGAGCGUUUGCUCUCUGCUGCAAGAGAUGGUGAUUUUCAAGAAGCAAAGGCUUUAUUGGAAUAUAAUCCUCGUCUUGCUCGAUACUCCACUUUCGGUGUUCGUAAUUCUCCCCUGCAUUUUUCUGCAGCUCAAGGCCAUCACGAGAUUGUUUCGCUCUUGCUCGAGUUGGGAGUUGAUGUUAACCUCAGGAACUAUCGCGGGCAGACUCCUUUGAUGCAAGCAUGCCAAUAUGGACACUGGGAGGUUGUUCAGACACUGAUUCUUUUUAAAGCCAAUAUUCACAGAGCAGAUUAUCUGAACGGAGGAACCGCACUUCACUUAGCUGCACUAAGCGGCUUCUUCCAAUGCAUUCGUCUUCUACUCGCCGAUCACAUUCCCAGCACUGCUAAUUCUUACCGAAGUUUACGGAAACGAUCGAGAAACGACGAAUCGGUUUCAGAGUUCGACGAACGUGCACUUCAUGCAAUAAUCAAUAGACCGGCCGAUGGCGGCAUCACGGCACUUCAUAUGGCUGCACUGAAUGGGCACGUUGAAACGGUUCAUUUACUUCUUGAUUUAGGUGCAUCGGUUUCUAAGAUAACCGUGCAAGAUGGAGCUACUAUUGAUCUAAUCGGUGCUGGUAGCACUCCGCUCCAUUACGCAGCGUGCGGUGGUAACGCACAGUGUUGCCAGCUUUUGAUAGCCAGGGGUGCAAGUUUGAGCAAAGAAAAUGCAAACGGAUGGACGCCCUUGAUGGUUGCUCGAUCAUGGCAUAGAGAUUGGCUCGAAGAUAUUCUUAAUCAACAAUCGGGACCCAAACGAAGACUUAGCCCUUCGCCGUAUUUAUGCCUCCCCCUUAUGAGCAUUGUUGGUAUUGCUAGAGAAUGCGGAUGGAGAAACGACGACGCACAAUCGACAUGCGUAGACCCGUGCGUCGUUUGCUUGGAGAGGAAGUGCACUGUUGCUGCAGAAGGUUGUCUCCACGAGUUCUGCACCCACUGCGCUCUCUAUCUAUGCUCCACUAGCAGCACCUCCACUGUAAGCCCCGGUCCACCUGGCUCCAUCGCCUGCCCGCUAUGCCGCCAAGGGAUCAUCUCCUUCGUCAAACUCGCCGGAACAAAGCCGAUCGCCGCCAAAGAAAUCACUAGGACAAAAUCGCUUCCGGAACCUUCCCGAACGGAAACGCCACUCUGCGGGCCGGAUAUCCAGUGCGCACGCCUACCACUCCUCGGUGCACCUCUCCAAUCGGUUAACUGCCAUAACUUCGGAUCCGGUAAAUUGGGCCACGGGAUCUGCAUGGGGGCCCGUGAAACAAGCCCGAAAAAUGCGGGGUCCACAUUGGGGAACGGGCUGGUUAGGUGUUCGAAAUCGGGGCUUAAGCGGUCGGAUUCGCAGAGUGAGGGCAGGAAAUGGUUGUGUUCUCUGAUGCAAUCCGUGCCACCUGCUGAAGAAUAAUUAUACGAAAAAAA